GGAAUUGCUUAAAAAAAGAGGACUCUGUUUUCUUAUAUUUUUAUACGUCAUUGAUUAUUUGCAGGUAAAGAAGAAACUGAAUUGUUAUAACUUUGUUUUAAAAAUAAAAUGGACAUUGUGCAAAUACUUGACACACAAAGAACAAGUUUAUUUACUGUCGAUGACUUAGAAGUUGAAAUUUUGCCGUUAAUAUAUGAAAUUAUUCGAAGUGUAGAAAAGGAUCCAUACGAUUCCAAUCAGAAAGUUAAAGAAUCUCAAGACACCAGUUAUAAAAUUGUCGAUUUACAAAAGAAGUUAGAUUCUGCAAGAGGGCAGGUUAAGAAACUACAAGGAGUUGAAUACAGUAAAGAAGACCAACUUCAAAAUUUAGAAAAUCUACGAAAUCAAUUAAAGCUAAAGAGGGAACUUCUGCUAAAAUAUCGUAAUAUGUGCAGUUUUGAUAUGUUUAAAAUUUAAUUAUUCAAACUAUAAAAGUUAAAUAUUCCAAAAUUCAAAAUGGUUUUAAGACAUUUUAUACGCAAUUUAAUUCACAAUGAAUAUAUUGUUAAUAAACUUGCUGAAUCUAAAUUCUUUAGAAGAAUUGCUCAAUUAUCAAUUGUUCUUUUUUAUCGAAUGAAAGGAAGUAAAGCUGCAGGACAAAUAAUGUCAGAUCCACAAAAAUUUAAACUUAAUUCAGAAGAAUUUCUUAAAAAAAUUUACGAUAAUUUACAGAAACAAUUAAAUGAUGCAAAACGAAAUGAAAAAAAAUAAACAAGCAUUGUAUGUUUCAAAGUUA